AUGACAUCCGUAGCUCGGCAGCGGAGCUAUGAGAGAGUGCGCCUUUCCUGGGAAGCUGUGAAGAACGGCGAGCAGUUGACCUCAUUAGCUGACGUGGUGGUGAUCGACCGCGCAAAGUACGCCGGCAACGUUGGUUCAAUAUUGCGGCACAUGCCCAUACUGGGAGGUGCUCAGAUCUUGUUUUUGGCAAACAGCGCGCACCAACCAUCGUCUCCAUAUCCACCAUAUCCUCGCAGCUUCAUCAAGGAGGUGAUGCGGGUGUCAAUGCUGCAGCAUUAUCGUGAAUUUGAUGGAAAGUUUUGCCUGUUGGACGGAGGACGUGAUGCAGUGUUUCAGUUGCUGGCGAUUCUGAAGUCCAAAGGCUUCGUGCUGAUGAUCUUGGAGAAUGUUGAAGCUUUUCAGGAGAUGUCCGAGGCCGGUCGCCAGGCUUUUGGGUAUUCUUCCAUCUAUGACAAGACCUCUGCAUUAAGGGACCUGGGAUCUCCCAUCGCUUACAUAUUUGGCGGAGAAUCUGGUCCACCCCUGGCGGAAUUAUUCCAGCUCUGUGAUGUCGGAGGCUUCAUCCCCAGCUCUUCCCACAGUGAGCCUGACAGUUCUGAUUAUUGCGAGCUUGAAGAUGAAGCUGUAUCUUGGCACAGGAUGCAUUCAUGCAACCUGAGCAUUGCCGCCUGCAUUGUAUUGGGCGAGCGGCAUCGGCUAUUGUUGGCUAAAGCUCUGAAGCCCCAAGAUACUUCAAAGCCACCCCAGGAACGCACCAGGCCUACAAUCGGCUGUUUCAGAUUACUUGUUAUCAGCAUGGGGUCACGAUUGGCUCAAUAUUGUGGCAAUACAAACGACAACCUGUUGAUUGAAUCGACGUGA